AUGGCUCCCAAACGUGCUCCUUCUUCCAAGGCUGGUGCUGAGCCUAAACGACAACGAAGAAUGAUGAUGAUCGCUGAGAAGGUGAAACUUCUGGAUAUGUUGAAGGAAGGGAGAACGUUCGCGGCUGUGGCCCGCCAAUAUGGCAUGAACGAAUCCACCGUUCGCUACAUCAAGAAGGAAAAGGCGAACAUUAGGAAGACGGCUACCAUCACCUUUUGCAAGUCGGCGAAGAGAGUGGUUACGGCUCGUAAUAAAACGAUCGUCCGUAUGGAAUCUGCUUUGGCCGAACCAGAGGACGACAGUGGCGACUGCGAAGAAGAUGAAGUAGAUGUAGAAGAUCCGCAACCAGGGACGUCCAGUGAUUCACCACGUAAGAAAUGGCAAUUUUCUGCUAGCAAAGGGUGGUUUGCAAAGUUUCAGAAACGCUACGGCCUAAAAAGCGUUUCCCUGCAAGGCGAGGCUGCUUCGGCUGACACGAUCGCUGCUGAAACUUACGUGAAUGAAACUUUCAAGAAGAUUAUCUCUGAAGGUGGAUAUCGGCCCGAAAAAGUUUUUAAUAUGAACGAGACGGGCUUGUUUUGGAAAAGAAUGCCGUCGCGAACUUUCCUGUUCAAAGAGGAAGCAAAAGCCUCUGGCUUUAAAGCAUACAAGGAUCGUGUGACCCUCGUGGUGUGUGGCAAUGCUGCGGGAUUUUUGUUAAAGCCAGGGUUUAUUUACAAGUCUAAAAACCCAAGGACUUUAAAAAACAAAAACAAGAAUCUGCUUCCCGUACAUUGGAUGUACAAUCCAAAAGCCUGGAUAACGAAGAUGCUGACCUCCGACUGGUUCCACCAGUGUUUUAUCCCACAAGUGAAGGUGUAUCUAGCAGAGAAGGGCAUGCCAUUCAAAGUCCUUCUCAUUAUGGAUAACGCUGGUGGUCACGCUGCUGAUCUGUCGUAUUCGGGGGUACAGAUGGAGUUCCUGCCACCCAAUACGACGUCACUAAUUCAGCCAAUGGAUCAGGGGGUUAUCAGGGCGUUCAAGACCCUAUACACGAGGAAUUCCUUAGCGAACCUGGUUUCUUCCGUGGAUGCCGCCCAAGAAGACGACGAUUUCAACUUGAAGGCAUACUGGCGGCAGUACACAAUUGCUACAUGCCUCCAAAAUAUCCAGAAGGCAUUACAAGAGAUGAAGCCUGCCACCAUUAACGCCAGCUGGAAGAAGUUGUGGCCCGAGGUUGUUUACGAUGACAAAGGAUUUACACUUGCCGAAAUCCAACACUCGGCAGUACAGAAAGCUGUGCAGUUGGCUGCGAUUCUUGGAGGUGAGGGCUUUGCAGACAUGACUACAGAUGACGUCAACGAGCUACUAGACUGCCACUCCCAGCCGCUAACCGACGAAGACCUCGAAGAGUUGAUGAAGUCGGCGAGUGAAGAAGAAGAAGAAGAAGAGCAACAAGAAACAGAAGAAGUUGUCUCCCCAACUGGCUUGACUUUGGAACGGCUCGCCGAGAUCUGCAGACUGGCUAAGGAUCUGCAAGAGCAGUCACAGGAAUGGGACGAUGAUAUGGUUCGAUCGCCAAGACUCGGCCAAUGA